GGCAGACCCUCAGUGCUGAACACAGCAUUGUCUGUCAAAUAUUAGGUUACUGGGAUUCAACCUUCAGGCUUUUUGGAUUAUGAGAGGAGAAACUGAAAGCACUCGGCAGGUCAUCAGUGUCUGGGUGCGCGACCCACGGAUACAAAAAAAUGACUUCUGGCAUGCCUACAUAGACUAUGAAAUUUGUCUACAUACCGACAGUGUCUGUUUCACCAAGAAGAUCUCAAGUGUGAGGAGAAGGUACAGUGAGUUCGUAUGGCUCAGACAGAAACUGCAGGCAAAUUCAAUGCUAAUGGUACAGCUUCCAGAGUUGCCCCCCAAAAACCCCUUCUUUAGUCUAAACAAUGCACAACAGAUUACUGAGCGGAUGAAAGGACUCCAGAAAUUUUUAGAACAAAUCCUUCAGAGUCCUCUGCUGCUAUCUGACAGCUGCCUGCACCUUUUCCUGCAGUCACAACUCAGUGUGUCCAAUAUAGAGGCCUGUGUUGCUGGAAGGACCACCUAUUCUGUAGCCCAGGCUGUCCAGCACAGUGGCCUGAGGAGAUUCCAUUCAGAUGAAGACCUACAGCAUGUCAGCAUGUCCUGUGAUUCUGACUCAGAUAGCCUAGAGUGUAGAAAUCCAGAGCACAAGAUUAAAGGUCUGGCAAUAAGUAAAGCUAAGAGAACAGCUUCACUUGAUCUCACAGGAACCAGUCCGGAGGAGAUGCUCAGUUGCUCAUCUGGUUCUACAUAAAAACAUCACCUUAGUACUAGAAGAGUACUAGAAGAAGGCUGGAGUCUUUUUCAAUGUAUCACAAGAAAAAGCUACCUUUUACCAUGUUAUCACUUUUCUUGUUGGCUACAAAGUAUAGUUGCUCUUAUUUACUAGUUUGUUUUAUUUUUAUAAAACCAGACACAUCUGUAUAUGUCUCCUUUGUAUAGCUUUCGUGUAUUAGGAUUGUUUUCUUUGCAAGAAAGUUGUAGCAAUAACUUGCCUGAAGGUGGCAGUAUUGUCACAGUUUGUACAUUUCCUUAUCUUGUGAAACCUUGCUGUAACUGUCCAUAUUUGCUUCAAAACAAACUGUACAGAAACAUCAUGAAUUUUGUGCAUUCAUACUGUGAACCUGGCCCAAUAUGUGCAGACAACAGUGUAAUAUCUCAAACAAUAACAACCCAAUGUGUCUUUCUGUGAGUCCCACUCCUAAAAAAAUAUGGGGGAUGAGGGAUGCUUGUCAUCUGCUGGCCACUGCAGUGCUUAGCAGUAUGACAUGUGUAAUAGGGUCUCUGAGGGGGUUUUUAUACUGCCUUACUGUCAGAUCUUGCUGGUAGGAGGUCCAGUGAAAUCUCAGUGGACUCGCUCCUGUCUGAGAGGGCCACCAGGUAGACAGGCUACAUAGCUCCCUGCUGAGCUAACUGUCAGCUGUAGUGGCAAACUAGCCUUUUAUCUGUCUCCCUUGCUUUGUGUUACUAUGAGCUUGCUCACUGCAGACAUUUCUCUCAAUACAUGUGUGUUUGUGAGUGUUGAUCACAUUCGUGUGCUUCCAGUGUGAGCACCAUCAUAGCUACACAGAGGAAAUGAGCACUAAACCGAGUGACGCAAAUUAGCAUAUCAGUGCAACUAAUUGGAUUAUCUGUUUCUCUCUGCAGCAGCUGAGUGGUUCAUUAUAAAUUCAGGACAGGAACAGACAAUGGGCUUAUGCUACAAAGAAAAGAAGAGCUGUCGUCACCUUGGACCCACUUCCUUUGAGUGGGUCUACCUUAUACAGUUUGGAUGGAUGGAAGCCCACUCAUGAAGGUGGUGCAUCUUUCCUAAAGAGGUCAGGGUGUUGAUGUGUUCUUGUGUGCAUUUGCAUAUGCUAGUGUUGAGCAUGCACACAUCACCUUUAUUAGAUCUUGAAGUGUAGAGCACAGUAUUGUGCACUUUUAAAUAUAGUUCUGCAGUGCAAGAUUAGCUUUAUUUUGGAUAUUGAAGUGACACCAGGAUGUACAAAUGUAUGCACAUAGAAGCCAUACAAUUUCUGUUUCUCAGUCAUGAUGUUCUUAUCAUGUUCUCCAUUAGUCAUAUGUCAUCUUUAGACUCUUGUGCAACUUGUGCCCCUAAAAAAAUCUAAUUACUUUUUAAUCAUUUUAGAAUUAGGUGAUUUUAUAGAAGCAAUUUAGAUUACAUGUAAAUUAAUUUAGUACAAAUGUUUACAGAUGGGUGCAAAAACUUCUCCUCUUGACCCUCAAGUAAGAAGAUCCAGUAUGUUUUUUUUCUGUUUCAAGUGUUUUUCUGUAAAGCAAAUGAAUUCUGAGUAAUUCAUUUAUGUUAUGAUCAAACAUUUCUGUUCUGAUAAGAGAUGAAAAUGUCACCACUCAUCAGAAAUUAAAAACAAUCUUAAGGUGAAAACAAUUUGAAUAAUGUAAUAUGGCCACCCAUCUGACUGGACUAAAGUGGGAUAUUGUAGACUGGUAUGUUAGACAGGUUCUUCUCUGCUUUCAUGAAAAUAAUAAACAAGGGAAUAUGAUUUUAGAAUAGUGGUUUUUCACCCCUCUGCAAGAGUUAAUCAGACUGAUUGUGCUAAAUCCAUGGAAACACUUUGAGGUGCAAGGAACAACAGCUUCUGAAACAUAUGUGGUUUCAAGGCACAAGGAGAAGCUGAAAAGAAUCAAUGUAUUUACUCGCUUUAUCCUAUUCAAGGAUGCUGGGUUGCAGAUGCAUCCAUCAGGUUCUGUGUCAGGUCUUUUUUCUUUUUUCUUCGGGACAUCUCUUUCAGGUACUGCUCAUCUGCUGUAAAUAGUUUUUAGGUAUACCACUUCUCAUUUUUUCCUCAAAUGCUACAUGCUGUGAUAUUACAAGUUUUUGGCUUAUAGCUCUGAGAAUCACCUUGUUGGUGUAAAAAUACUAUUUAUGUCUCUCAAACUGUGUUGGCUGUAAAAUGUUUUGUAGAUGCAACUACAGAAACGGGGACAAAUUUUGUCUUUGCAACAGAUUUGUUUCAACAAAACUCCUAAAGAUACAUUUUGAAAUCAGUUCUCUCUAAGUUUUCUGUUAUGUGUGGACAAUUCAUACCUUAGGUUAAGUGUCUUUUUGUGCUUGAAUAAUACAUAAUUCAGUAUUAAAAGGCUUAAUGAGCAAAAACAAAUAGAUUAUAAAUGGUCAAGGACAGGGAUUUGUCUAAAAUAUAAUUUAAAAAUGUUAAAAGAAAACCUUUGAAUGACCUUUGAAUAUGAUAUGAAUAAUGUGUCACACAUGCCUUAGUUCCUCUCACAUGGCUUAGUAUCUUGUAAGGUUUUUGUAGCAGUGAAGCGCUGUUUGUUACCUACUGUCUGGUUGAUUGAAACAUUUAAACAUUGCUGGUUUAAAUCUGACCUGUCCAAAAAUAUUGACUGUUCUUGUAAUGGUCUGUGACUCUAGUCCAAUGGCUGUAAACCUUGAGCUACUGUACCCUAGCUUGUCAGUGCAGCCAUGACAACACUGAAAACUUCAAACCCAUUAGAGCCAUUUAUCUGUUAACAGCUUCAUGCUGUGUCUUGGAUGACUCCUAUAGGGACUGAAAAUAUAGUUACUCAGUGAAAUAACUCAGUUCUCAGAAUGGAUGAAAUUAGUUCAUCAUGUCCAGAAAUGCUCCGUCCAAAGUGAUUGAAAUAAUUGUUGUUCAGUAUAUGAAACAAGAAAAAAAAUCUCAUAAAGAAACAGAAACAUUGCUGCCUUGGACUAAAUAUGCAUUUUGGUUUGCCUCAACAGCUCAAUAUAAACCCAAUGUCAUGUCUCAUGUGGUCAUGAUUUCUCGUUGAUAUAUUUGUAAAAUCACAAAAAACAAAUGUCAGUUUUAAUGUCUGAUACAAUAUAAAAUCCCAAUGAAAAUUUCCUUUGGAGAGCUGAAAAACAAAUGGAGGUAUUGAGGGAGAUAUGCUCCAGUAGAGGCAAAUUACAGAUAAAUCAGAGGCUGCUCAUGCAUUUUAAGUGCCACAUUAUACAGAACCCAUUAGUAGCAAUAGCAGCUCAGCACCAUUGGAGAUAUUAAAUCUCUGUGAUUGCAACUCUGCAGAACCAAGUUGAGUCAAUAUCAGAAAAACUUGGCUGUCAUGGCAAUAGAUAGGAAAUGAAUCCUAAAGAAAUCAUGCCAGAAUUAUACACUAACACUUGUGAUAUGAUAAUAGCACUAGCUGGUGAUAUUGAUGUGCAGCUUAUUAUAUAGGAAGCCAACCACAUUCACUGAAGGAAAAUAACUGUGGGAGCCUUAAAUUAACUGAAGUGUAAUAACAAACUUAUUGAUAUAUCAUGCCAAUACUUGGCAUUGAUUUACUGAUGGCCACAGAAAUUCUGCAAUCUUGUAGAUAUGUGCCUGUAUAUUUUCAUUCGUGUAUGUUCAA